AUGGCGACCGGACGCGGCCGGCUCCUGCAGCUGCAGUGGCGCGGGCUCCAGGCGCCGCGCCUACCGCUCGGCGUGGGUUCAGCCCCCGGGCGCGCCGGGUUCAGGAAUGGGCCAUGUAUCAGAUAUGCUGCAGGCUGUGCUACUCUGAAGCAACAUGCCAGACGGGAAAGGCACUGCGAGAGAGCCUCUGCUGACUGCUCUGUGUCUCUGGAUAGUAUGCCUUCAGAAAUCUUGCUGAAGAUCUUUUCCUACUUGGAUGCUGGGACCCUACUGUGUACCGGAUGUGUGAACAGGCGCUUUUACCAUCUGGCCAAUGACAAUUUUAUUUGGAUCAGAAUCUACUCAACUGCCUUUUCACCUAAGAGAUCUAAUUGGAAAGUUAAUUCAGUAGAGAAGACAGCUGUGACUAUGAACUUAUUGUCAGUUGAGGAUAAAGAAGCUGGAUAUUGGAAGAAAGAAUAUAUUGCAAAACAAAUAGCAUCUGUAAAAGCAGCACUAGCUCAGGUUCUCAAACCUGUCAACCCUUACACAGGCCUUCCUGUUAAAACCAAAGAGGCCCUCAGAAAAUCUGGUUUAGGUUGGGUAAUUAUAUUGAAAGAAAAAAGUGGAAAAGAGUACAUGAUGGAGCAUGUUGAUCUUUCAAUAAAUGAUUCAUCAGUUACAGUUGUGUGGUAUGGCAAAAACUGGCCACUUCUAGCCACAUUGUCAACCUUAGAUUUGUGUGGUGUGACACCAGUUUUUAUGGACCGGUCUAAAACCCCCACGAAAAAUGGACCUCGAUGGCAUUCUUUAAUUGCAAAGUACAAUCUGAGUAAUUUAACUGCAUCCACCAUGUUUGGCUGUGACAGACUCAUUCGGAUCUUCUGCCUAAACCCAGGCCUCCUGGUGGGGCUGUGGAAGAGGGAGGAAGAACUGGCUUUUGUUAUGGCAAAUCUUCAUUUCCAUCACCUUGUGGAGAGGAGCACGUUAGGCUCAGCCACUAUCCCCUACGAGCUGCCUCCUCAUAGCCCCCUUUUGGAUGACAACCCAGAAUAUGGACUGCAUGGCUACCAACUCCAUGUUGAUAUGCACAGCGGUGGAAUUUUCUACCUGUGUGGUACAUUUCGCAAUCUCUUUACCAAGAAAGGAUACAUUGAAAAUGGAUAUGCAAAGCUCAUUGUUAUAAGUUUUAAAAAUAACACAGAACACCUGCCUCUUAUCGGAAAAGUUGGCCUCUCUUGGAGAACCGAUAUUUUUGAUGGCUGUAUAAAGAGUUGUUCUAUAAUGGACAUAACUCUUUUGGAUGAAUAUGGGAAACCUUUUUGGUGUUUUAGUUCCCCGGUUUGCAUGAGAUCUUCUCCCAGGCCCUCUGAUGGUCCUAAUUUCUUGGGACAAACAUACUAUGUUGACUACAUGGACUCGGAAGGAAAAGUGCAUGUGCAGCUGGUGUGGAUCGAAGAGACAGAAGAAUACUUUAUUGUCAACCUGGUCCUUUACCUUAGUAUAGCAAAAAUAAACCAUUGGUUUGGGACAAAAUACUAAAUAUUAGCAGUAGGUGGCAAAUUAUUGUUGCUAUUUCUUUAUUUUGGACUGACCACUUUUGUUCUUGGUGUUGGAAGUUAAAAUAAAGCGGUAGUCUGUUUGCCUUCUUAUUUCACAUUAGAAAUUAUGAUUCCUGGGUCAUUUUAAUGUUUAGAGUAUUAAGUUAAAUUUUAAAAACAUGAAAAUAGCACACGCCAA